UAACGUUGCGUCAUUUGUUAGCUAUGCUCGAUAGAAAUAAUUUUUCGCCGCUGACAUUAGCGGAAUAGCUGUUUUGUGCCGUGUUAUUUCUCGCUGGUGGAUGUUGUACAGUCGCAACGUGUACACUGUAGCUGGUAGACACGCCUCGCAAAACACACAGAAAGCAACUGGCUAGCUUAGCGGGUCUGUUAGCAUAGCAAAGUCAUGUCAACUUAACUAGCCACAGCGCAAAGAAGCCAGCUAACUUCUGUUUGCAGGCAGACAGAUCAGCAGAUCCAGGGAGAGGAGCCUGUUUGCAUUCCACUGCAGGUGCAAGACAAUGGAGGUGAAUAUUGAACAGCAGGACGAAGACAUCACAUUCAGCAAUACUGACACUAAUGGUAAACGGCCAGCUGAGGACAUGGACGAGGAGCAGGCCUUCAAACGUUCUCGCAACACGGACGAGAUGGUGGAGCUGCGUGUGCUGCUUCAGAGCAAAAAUGCUGGUGCUGUUAUUGGAAAGGGUGGCAAGAACAUAAAAGCCCUACGCACAGAUUACAAUGCCAGUGUAUCAGUCCCAGACAGCAGUGGCCCAGAGCGGAUCCUGAGUGUGAAUGCCAGCAUUGACACUAUUGGAGAGAUUCUGCUGAAAAUCAUACCUACUCUAGAGGAGUACCAGCAUUACAGCGGGAUUGACUUUGACUGUGAGCUUCGCCUGCUGAUCCAUCAGAGCUUAGCAGGGGGCAUCAUCGGGGUGAAAGGUGCCAAGAUAAAGGAGCUGAGAGAGAACACCCAGACCACCAUCAAGUUGUUCCAGGAAUGCUGUCCACACUCCACUGACAGAGUUGUCUUGGUGGGAGGAAAGCCAGAACGUGUCAUUGAAUGUAUAAAAGUUAUCCUGGAGCUGGUGUCAGAGGCACCAAUAAAAGGCCGUGCCCAGCCUUAUGACCCUAAUUUCUAUGAUGAAACAUACGACUACGGUGGUUUCACCAUGUUGUUCGAGGAGAGAGGCAGACGACCAAUCGGUGGCUUCCCCAUUCGUGUGCGCGGGGGCUUCGAACGCAUGCCCCCUGUUCGUGGCAACAGACCCAUGCCUCCUUCCAGACGGGACUACGAUGACAUGAGCCCCCGUCGGGGACCUCCGCCACCGCUAAGCAGAGGUGGACGAGGGGGCAGCAGAGCUCGUAACCUGCCUCUUCCACUACCCCCACCACCAAGAGGAGGAGGAGACAGGUUCUCACAUGGCAGCUAUCAUGGCAGCAUGGACGACAGACCAAGUGACAGAAGAGGCCGAGGAGACCGCUAUGACAGCAUGAGUGGAGGCGGAUAUGACAACAAUUCUUCCUGGGAGCACUUUCAGUCUGGUGGCAGAGGCUCAUACAGUGAUAUUGGAGGCCCGGUUAUCACAACGCAAGUCACCAUCCCAAAAGAUUUGGCUGGAUCCAUCAUUGGUAAGGGCGGCCAAAGGAUCAAGCAGAUCCGCCACGAGUCUGGGGCAUCUAUCAAGAUUGAUGAACCACUAGAGGGCUCUGAGGACCGCAUCAUCACCAUCACAGGAACACAGGACCAGAUCCAGAACGCCCAGUACCUGCUACAGAACAGUGUCAAGCAGUACUCUGGUCGAUUCUUCUAGGAAGAAGAAAAGAAAGAAAGAAGAGUGAAGCCAUGCUGCCAUACUGUUUGCUCCUUCUAUUCAGAGCCUACAUUCCUCUGCUUUGGGUAGAUGUGCCCGGUCCCCUCAAUAUUACACGUUACAACAUCUUUCUAUACAUCGCAAGUUUUAGUUGGAGUUUUGAAAAAUCUUAAGCUGUCAAACAGCAAACAAGGAGUCAGUAACAUGUUUUUGUGCUGGUGUAAUUAUUUUUGAGGAGAUUCUUGUAACGUCAUUGGAGUAAACUCAUCUGUGUGAUAACUUUCGGUGUUGUGAGCCACCCCCCGGUCCCUAUCUCCCUCGUUUCAGUACAGCAUGCAGAAUGUAAUCUUUUAGUAACAGACUUUAUGUGACUUUAAUUUUUUUUUUGUUUUUCUCCCAGCUCAAAUGUUUAAGCACACUCUCCAAAAUGAAGAUGCAUGGUCUCAGAAUGGUUAAAGAACCAUUAAAAUAAACUUUAAUUUUUAAGGAACAUCGAACAUACUUUUCCACUGUAAAAUAAAGUGCUUUUUGUAAGAAGGUGCUUUAAAGAAAUGGUUAGACACUUGGGGAAGUACGCUUAUUUGUUUUCUGGUGGCGAGUUAGGCGAGAAGAUUAAUACAACUCCAACACCUGUACAGUAAAUACAAAGCUACCACUAGCAGCCUGUUAGCUUAGCUUAGUACAAAGACGGGAAACAGGAGGGAACAGGCCUGUCCAAACUUGACAAAAUCGACCUACCAGCAGCUUUAAAGCUCACUAAUUAAUACAUGAUAUUUUGUUAGUUAAAUAAGCACAAAAAUCAAAGUGUACAAAUGUAUAUUUGCGAUUUCAUGGUAGAUUAUGUGGCGGACUACGUUUUUACUGGGAACUGUUGUUAGGCAACCAGCCGAGACUCCAGGAAGUUUACGUAUAGAGCCAAGAAAUAGUCCGACGCAUAACCUGUAAAGAGGCGAAUUGAUGUUUUUAUCUUCGUUUUGUAAUAACGAAUUCAUAAUGUAUUAGUUAGUGAGCAUUGGAGGUGCUGGUAGGUGGAUUUUGUCACCGUUCAACAAAGCCAGUCUAGCCGCUUCGCCCCGUUUCUAGUCUAUCUGCUAAGCUAACUGGCUGCUAGCUUUAGCGACAUAUUUAGUGUACAAAACAUUAUAUGCUAUGCUAACCGGCUGCUAGCUUUAGCCUCACAUUUAGUGUGUAAAACAUUCUGCCAAGCUAACCGGCUGCUAGCUUUAGCCCCAUAUCUAGCAUACAAAACAUUCACUAAUAACUCUCUGCCAGAAAUGGAAUAAGCAUGUUUGCAAAAUGUCUAACUUAAGCUUUAAGUUUUGACAAAUGUGCCAGUGUGAUAUAGAAAAAAGAAAUUUUAUGAUUUUUCUUUGAAGGACAAGGAUCUGUAAAAAGUGUGUGUGUAUAUAUAUUUACAUAGCAAAGUAAUUUCAUGAGUGGUUAACUUAGAUUGGCCCGGACGACUUUCUACUUUCUUGGAAGGAGAUAUGGGGCCAAAAGACAGGUUUGGUAAUAAUUUUUUUCUCUCUUCUCUCUCAAUUUGUUUUCUGCCACUCGCCGAGAUGGACUUCCUGUAAUGCAACCUUAAUAUCUCAUCUGUUAGAUCAAUUUAUUCUUGCAAACAUGUUUUUAAUUUUGACAAUGUAAGCAUUUUUAAAGUUUUUUGAAAGGGAUUUCUUAAGGUGCAGUUUAUUGAUGAGAGGGGAGCAUACAGCUUUGUGAGUCCAUGAGUGGUGUUUUCUGUCCAGUCAUACCUGUAUCUCUUGUGUCUGAUAUCUGUAGUACCUGCAGGUGUUGAGUAAGUAAACUCUGUGUCACAGUUA